UGGAAGAGAGCUUGCAUGAGGGAGAACAGAAGUCCAGAGGCAGUGGUAAGAACAAAAGGUGGAGAGUAGCAGGACUGGUCUGACCUGUUUCUCUGAGAUGUGCACAACAGUGGCAGGAAGGAGGAAGUGAGUCAGAAAGUUAGAGGCAGCGUCAGCUUGGAAGGAGAGGGAAGAGAGAAGUCACUUGUUCAGGUGAUUGGAGAGCCAAACCACCGAUUGCUUUGAAGAUGGCAGAGGAAGGAGAAUUUUACGGAAAGCAUGGGGAGCCAAGAAAAUAUGACCCCAACUUUAAAGGUCCCAUUCAGAACAGGGGCUGCACGGACAUCAUCUGCUGCAUCCUCUUCAUUCUGGCCAUAUUGGGGUACUUUGCUGUGGGGAUUCUGGCCUGGUCUCAGGGGGACCCCCGGAAGGUGAUCUACCCCACAGACAGCAGGGGACAGUUCUGCGGGCAAGUGGGCACCCCACUGGAGAAGAAGCCCUUCCUGUUCUAUUUCAACAUCAUGAAGUGUGCAAGUCCACUUGUGCUAUUGGAGUUCCAGUGUCCAACCACUCAGAUCUGUGUGGAGAAGUGUCCUAGCAAGUUCCUGACCCUCCUGGAAGUUUACGGGAAGAAGGAUGACCUGGACACCUAUGCCUCCUACUGCAAGGAUGGGGUCGACUUCUCUAAAAUGAGUGUUCCUGAGAUCCUGAAGCAAGGCCUGUGUCCUGCCAUGCUUACCCCCAGCAAACCUUUCACACGGCGGUGUUUUCCUGCCCUCGGGACACAGAAGGAUGGUGUGGUUGUGGUGGGGAACAAGACCACGUUUGACGAUGGGGAGGGGAACACAAGAAAUGCUGAGGACCUACUGAAGGGGGCCAAGCAGGCCAAUGUGGUUGUGGAGGCCCGGCAGGUGGCCAUGAAGAUCUUUGAAGAUUACACUCGGUCAUGGUACUGGAUCUUAAUUGGCUUGGUGCUGGCUAUGGUUAUCAGUCUCAUCUUCAUCGUCCUGCUACGCUUCCUGGCAGGGAUCAUGGUGUGGGUCAUGAUUGUCCUGGUCAUCCUGGUCAUUGGAUACGGGAUCUUCCACUGUUACAUGGAGUACGCCAGCCUGAAGGGGGAGCCUGGAGCGGAUGUCACCCUCCAGGACCUGGGCUUCCAGACGGACUUCAUGGUGUACCUGCAGAUCCAGCAGACCUGGCUGGCCUUCAUGAUCAUCCUCUGCAUCCUGGAGGUGAUCAUCAUCCUGCUGCUCAUCUUCCUAAGGAAGCGCAUCCUCAUCGCCAUUGCACUCAUCAAGGAGGCAAGCAGGGCAAUUGGUCAUGUGAUGUCCUCACUGUUCUACCCUCUGCUAACCUUUGCUCUUCUAGCUCUGGUCAUUGCAUACUGGGCAAUCACUGCUGUCUUCCUGUCUACCUCGAAUGUGGCAGUUUAUAAAGUAUUCAACGAGACAGCCUGUGAAUACUCCUACAGCACCUGUGACCCCACGACCUUCAGCACCUCCAAAGUGAAGACCGAGUGUCCGGACUCAGAGUGCAUGUUCGCCUUCUACGGUGGAGAGACUUACUACCACAAGUACCUGAUCGCCCUCCAGUUCUACAACGUCUUCCUCUUCUUCUGGUGUGCUAACUUUGUGACAGCGCUGGGUCAGGUGACCCUGGCAGGGGCCUUUGCCUCCUACUACUGGGCCUUUAAGAAGCCGGAUGACAUGCCUGCCUUCCCUAUCUUCGCUUCACUGGGCCGUGCCCUCAGGUAUCACACUGGCACCUUAGCCUUUGGCUCUCUGAUCCUGUCCAUCGUCCAGGUUAUCAGGGUCUUGCUGGAGUACCUGGACCAUAAGCUCAAAGGGGCCGAGAACAAAUGUACCAAGUUCCUGCUGUGCUGCCUGAAGUGCUGUUUCUGGUGUCUGGAGAAAUUUAUCAAGUUCCUUAACAGAAAUGCCUACAUCAUGGUGGCAAUAUAUGGCAAAAACUUCUGCACCUCUGCCAGGGAUGCCUUCCUCCUCCUGAUGAGGAAUGUGAUCAGGGUGGCAGUCCUGGACAAAGUGACCGACUUCCUGCUGUUUCUGGGAAAGCUCCUCAUCGUCGGCUCUGUGGGAAUCUUUGCCUUCUUCUUUUUCUCUGGGAGGAUAAAGGCUAUUCAGGAGACAGCCCCCACCCUCAACUAUUACUGGGUGCCUAUUCUGACCGUGGUGGUGGGGUCCUACCUCAUUGCUCAUGGCUUCUUCAGCGUCUACGCCAUGUGUGUGGAUACUCUGUUCCUCUGCUUCUGUGAGGACCUGGAGCGCAAUGACGGGUCCCCGGAGAGGCCGUAUUACAUGUCACCAGAGCUCCACGACAUUCUCUCUGUGAACAAGGGGCCAGAGGAGUCGGAGGAACCCCAGGGAGUGGAGCCAUCCCCCCAGUGGCAGGAUGGCAGAGAGAUACAGCUACAGCAACAGCAGCACCUGCAGAUGCAGGAGCAGGGGGAGGGGGAAGGGGAGGGGGAGGGGCAUACCCAGCAGGCCCCUCAGGAGUAAACGCACAGGAGCAAAGAUACUAUUGACAAGAUCUGGGACAAGAUCUGUGACUCUGCUGUGUCUGGUUGUUUCCUACCUGCACACACAGACUUAUCAGAACUAGAGAUAUGAUACCUAUUUUCCCAGGGCGAACUUAUUGAAAACUCUUCAUGUUCAUGAAAUUAGCAAAAUUCCACAAUGACAUACCAUAAAUGCAUGCCAUACUAUAAAAAAUAUGAUAUAUGGCAUUUUGGCAAUUAGGAAGUAUUGUAUACAGGUAUUAGAUGCCACAUGUGUGCAAAGGUAGGCAGAGAAAACUGGAAAACUGCAUGUGCUUGGUUCGACCACUAGGUAGUGUUCUAGUUGUUACUGUCUACAUUUGGGCAAAAGAUGUAGGCUGGAACAAAUCACCUUUAAUAGAGGUGGUUUUCAGAAUAACAGGCCAAUUCUUAAUGAAAGGAUCUUCAGUGGAAGAGUUCAGCGGAGAGGGAUAUCCAGAGAACACCUUCUCAAAAGUCUCCUUACCUCCAAAAUGCUUUGCACAGACUUGGUCAGAAGGUCUGACAGAUUAUUCGUAUGUGCUGUGACUUUAUAUCUAAAAACAAAGCCACAAAGCCAGAACACUUGUCAAUAGUCUCUUUGAUUUAAGGGCUCAAAAAGUGAGGUAGCUUUAAUGAGUUACAGGGUAUGCUAAUGCUUUUAGACUUGUUUGUUUUGUUUAGAGGAUGAAUAUGUACAUGUGCCUGACAACUAUUAUUCCUAUGUAUGUCUAUCGAGUAUACAUGCAACACAACUACUUCUACGAUACCAUGUUUACAGUUGACAAGCUCACCAAGGGUUAAUGCUUACCCUUUCUACCCGUUUAAACCCUUUAAUGAAACUAAGCCAAAUGCAGGUUUUUUGUAGAAUGAAAUGAAUGUGCAAUUCCUCUGUCGCUCAUGGUCCAUGUUGUGGCUCUCAGAAAGAGCUUUCCAAAUGAAUGCAAUUGAACACCUCCUUGCCUUGUGCUUUCUGACUGACGAUGGGGGCUGUGCGUCUGCAACGCCACCUCCUGGACUCUUCCAGUCCUGCGACACUGUGCUGUGAGGUGUGUCCACUCUGUACCGCAUGCCAUUAAUGACUCUCAUGCUUUUUACUAAAGCUGCUUUUCUUUCUCUGUU